AUGCUCUCAGAUUAGAGAAAGGGGAAUCAAGAAAUUCUGCAACACUGAAUGUUACCAUAAAACAUUUUGGAUGCAGCUAAUUUGUGCUUCUUUCCGAUUUCAGCUGCAUGUGGCUGCUGUUUGCGUUUUGCCUAUUUAUGAGGAAUGAACUGAGGUGCUUCUUCUACUGUCUUCUGAAUGUACUGCUAAUUCUUCUAUGGACACAGAUUGAGGUGCGGAAUCCAGUGCAGACAGAGUCAAGCUAAGAGCAAAAGAUGCCAGCCCCGCCUCCCCCACCACCCCCAGGGCCUCCCCCUCCUCCCACGUUUGCUGUUGCUAACACAGAGAAGCCGACUCUGAACCGAUCGGAGCAGCAGGGACGGGGUGCUCUUUUGUCCGAUAUUUGCAAAGGCUCCAGAUUAAAGAAGGCUGUUACAAAUGACCGCAGUGGACCUACUUUGGACAAACCCAAAGGAGGAGGAGGAGGAGGAGGUGGUGGUGGUGGUGGUGGUGGUGGUGGAGGAGGAGGAGGUGGAGGUGGUGGUUUUGGUGGUGGGUCUCCUGCUGGUUUAGGGGGCCUGUUUGCAGGAGGGAUGCCAAAACUGAAGUCUGCAGGAAAUAGAGACAAUGACUCAGGACCCAGUCGAGGACCUGUUCUCCCUCCAGGAGCCCGUUCUGGUGGACCCAACCCUUUUGGUAGCGGUGGCAGUCCAUCUGGACCACCUAAACUGCCAGGGGUCCCUGCUGUUCCUCGCGGCGGAGCCCCCGAUGUCCCAAAAGGCCGUUCCAAUUUCUCAUCCAGACAAGACACUCCAGGAGGACCCCCACCGCCUGUACCCAGAGCACCCCAGAGCCUCUCAUCUCGUGGGGGCCCCCCUCCACCAUCACUCCCUGGAGGACCAAGGCCCAGUCACGCCAACGCACCUCUGCCACCCAGUGUUCCACCAGGGAGGCACGGAUCUCUUCCGCCCCCUCCCACACCAGGGGGCUCCUCAGCCGGGCCUCGAUCGAGUUUCUCUGCAGCCCCUCCUCCACCACCACCCUCAAACAGCAACCGACCUCCCUUACCUCCAGCUCCAGGAGGGAGGCCUCCACUUCCUGACGACCGACCGCCACCACCACCAGCUCCUGGUGGAGGUCAUCGACCGUCAAUGCCCCGCGACAUGCCCCCUCCUCCCCCAUCUGUCAACUCCAAACCUUCACCCUUGCCGUCCUCAAGUAGCCGUUCCCCAGUUGGUGGGGGGGUGCCCCCUCUUCCGCCGGGACGACCGGGCCUUCCUCCUAUCCCGCCUGGCCAGGGAGGAGGGGAGGAGCAAAACACACCUCGCCUGCCCCAGAGGAACAGCUCACUUAACAGCCACGCUCCAGCACCCCCUCCUGGUCGAUCAGGACCCCUGCCUCCUCCUCCUAAUGAGAGGCCUCCAUCGGUUGGAAGAAACCAGUCUUCACCACGUACAGGUCCUCUUCCUCCACCUCCUCCAUCAGGUCGCAACGCGGGCGGAGGCAGCAUCAGGUCAUCGCCUGCAGCGUCUCCUGUGGGUCGGCCAGGCCCGGAGCCUCCUCGUGGCGGGCCUGGUGGUAGACCUCCCCUGCCACCAGAUAGGCCAGGGCCUGGAGGGGCUCCACUACCUCCACCACCCAUGGGGAACGGUUUUCAAAAUUCGCACCACAACCAAAUGCAAGAUGAGUUUGAGUACAGGUUCACGUUUCACCCAGUGUCCGACCUUCCUCCACCUGACCCCUACGUGCCCUCCAUGAAAACCUACCCCAGUAAGAUCUCCAAGACGGACAGCAAAGGUUCUGGUAAAAAGGAGCGAGGAGCUCCUCCCCUUCCUCCUAUACCCAGGUGAAAAAGAUACGACUGCCAUCACAACACUUGGACCUAUCUUCUCUUCUUGUCUCUUUCUCUGUUACACUCUUGCGCUUUGACCAGAAGCAUGUCGAUCAUGUGAGGACAACAAAGGGAAAAUAAACGACCUCCAGUGCAGUUAAUCGAAUGAAAGCACAGAGUCUCUUGGAGUUUACAUCAUGUAAUGGUGACCUGCAUACGACCAAAACUGUUGUAGUACAAUUAUGUUCUGGAGAAAAUAAGUUCUUUAUUUUUAAGUUUACAACCAUGCUGUCCCUGGAGGAUGUUUGGGUAGGCUUCAAUGGUCUUGUUGCUCAGAAUCAGAUCUUUCUUAAUCUCUGUUUUUGUAAUGCAUAAUAAAUUUAGCUUAUUUCCUUUUUAUUUUUAUUUUUUUUGACGACACAACUGAAUUUUUGAUUUUCAGAUUUUUGUAAACCAGACAAACCUUUUGAGAAGAAUCCAAAUACAGAUUUCAUGUAUGUUUUGAUUGUAAAUAAAAAGGGAAUAACCUCAGGUGGGUUUUUUCCAUCAAAUAUCCGUUUUGGUUAGUCACUUUUUCCCCAAUUGCUGCAGUUGAAACAGUAAAAUUAAAAGCAGUAACUUUCUGAACAUAUCAGGUGGUCAAGGUGCCUAACAUACAGCCACAGUACAAAGACGGAUUUUAAAAGUCUCAACUUCCUGCCUCCACAUGUGCCUUCACAGCAUAAAUGUAGACUUUUCUUUUUCUCACCUGUUUGUUUCUGCUGGAACCACUGAGCGGUACGUUUUAAUUGAUUAUGUGAGGAUGCUGAGCACAAUGUGUUUUAAAGCACAUUUCUGUGGGGUUAUUGCAACAUCAGUGUGCAAUCGAGCUGAAUAUUGUGUUGCUGUUUUGUUAAGUUCUUUUGAUGCACAGCAAAGUGUGUAUGAAUCGGUAUGAUUUAUUCAACUGAUAUUGAACCAUGGGAUAAGUUAUAUUUGCAGUAUUAUGUUUGCUAUUAUGUUCUGCUUUGUUUUUUGUUGUCAAAGAAAAAAUGUUUUGUAUGGCAAUCAUACAAAAGUAUGUAAAACUAUUUACAUUAAAAAUGCUUUAAGAUGCUUUACUUAGGGUAACUUUGGGCUAAGAGGGGUUGCUUUUAUUGAAUUAUGCAUCAGCAUUCCUAAACAAUACUUUUGGGAACAGACAAGAACACAAAGAAUUGUAGUGUCAACCAGAUGUUACCACAAAACCAUAUUAUUCAUUUACAUAAAUGUGCAAUAAAAAGGACAAUGUAAACAAAA